AUGGAAAUUUCUGAUGCUUUUGCAGAUGUAAACUGCCUGAUCAUUGACCUGGAUUAUGUCAACUGCACCUGGAGUGAACAGGGGAGUCCAGAGGUCAACUACAACUUCUUCCACAAAAGGUUCAUCAAAGGUAAUAUGGAGGAGUGCACAACAUAUCUCCAGGAGGAGAGUUAUGCUGUGGGAUGUAGACUGUCCUAUGACAAGUCUGACAGGUUUAGAACACUGACAACCAAGCUGGUCCAUCAGAACAACAGUUAUGUGCAGGACCAUAACCUGAAAAGCAUGGUGAAGCUUUACCCUCCUGUCAACCUGUCAGUUGAGAUGAACAAAGACCCAGAGCUGAAUCUGUACUGGAACAACAGCAAGAACACCUUAUGCAUUGAGAGUGAAGUUCGCUACAGAAUAAACGGCGACAAGUGGAAGACAUCUACUCCAAGCAAGGAACAGAAGUAUGCUGUGGCUUUCCCGUUAAAGAGCAGUCGGUAUGAGUUUCAAGUGAGAGCACGAGUAAAUGACAUGUGUGGUGAGUCCAAGUUCUGGAGUGAAUGGAGUCAGCCUAUUCAAUGGGAUUCCAGGAAGGGAAAUAACAUCACAGAAAUAUCUGGCAGCUCAAUGUCUGUGUGGAAGCCAGUAUUGUCAUUAGUGGGUACCAUGACACUCUUCAUAUUGGCCUGCAUGCUGGUCUACAGGGAAAGAGAACGACUGAGAUUCAUCCUCAUUCCCAUUGUGCCUAAUCCAGGAAAGAACCUGAAGGACCUUCUUGACAAGGACACUGUAGAGGCCUGGCUUCACAUCUCCGAAGGUGUUUGCUUCCAGUCUAACUUCACUGAGCUUGUCUGUCCUGUUCGUGAGUACAGUCUGGUUGCCCAAACUGGCAGCGUCAGUGAAUCUGAGAGCAACUUCUCCAUCCUAACAGACCAGUCAGAUUGCCUGUCCACGUGCUCCUCCUCAGCUUCCACUUUUCCUGUCACAAGUGAAAAUGAACAAGCUGGUAUUGAAUGA